AUGGAUUUUGGUGUAUCUAGUUACAAAAAACCUUUUAGUACUUAUUUCAGUCCUUAUGCAAUGAAUGGAGGCACUGUUCUGGCCUUGUCAGGUGAGGAUUUUGCUAUUAUUGCUUCAGACACUCGAUUAAGUGAAGGAUUUAUGAUACAUUCCCGAGAGUCUCCAAAGACCUAUACACUGACGGAUAAGACAGUGCUUGGUUGUGUAGGUUUCCAUGGUGAUGCUCUUACUGUAACUAAAAUCUUGGAAGCUCGUCUGAAGGUCUAUGAACAUAAUCAUCGUAAAGAGAUGACCACUCCAGCUAUAGCUGCUCUACUGUCCACAAUUCUCUACCAUAGACGUUUCUUUCCUUACUAUGUAUACAAUCUUAUUGCUGGUAUUGACGAAGAAGGUAAAGGAUGUAUAUACAGCUUUGACCCUGUUGGAUCAUAUGAACGAGAAACCUGUCGAGCUGCAGGUUCUUCCAGUGCUAUGCUGCAACCUCUCUUGGAUAAUCAAAUUGAAUGCAAAAACCAGCAAAAUAUGCAGAAGACUCCAUUGACACAAGCUAGAGCCCUUCAGCUAGUGAAAGAUGUGUUUGUAUCAGCUGCUGAAAGAGAUAUCUACACUGGCGAUUGUAUUACGGUGAAUCUCAUCACCAAAGAUGGCAUUACCAAUGAAGAAUUUAGGUUAAGAAAAGACUAA